AUGGAAAUAAAUCCCACCAACUUUCUUCUUCUUCUUCUCCAAAUACUCUUCUUAAUCCUUACCAGUGAAACCGCCACCGCGUUCAAUCAUACAUCUUCGUCGUGUAAAGAUGGUACGAUAGCAGAAUGCAAUUACGAAGAAUUGGAGACGACGAUGAUGAUGAUGUCGUCCGAUGUCAGCAGAAGGUUUCUCGAACAGAAGAAAUAUAUCUCGACGGGGGCCCUCAAGAAAGACCAGCCCGUCUGCAGCGGCGGUGCGGCGGGCAAGCCUUACUCUGGCGGCGGCGGCGGCUGUGUUCCUCAGCCGUCUAAUACUUACAACAGGGGUUGCUCCACGUACUAUCGUUGUCGGGACGAUGCUUGA